AUGUCGCUCGUUGACGAUCAGGUACAACGGCUCGAUGCGAUCCUCGACAGAAUUCAAUUAGCUCGGGCUGCACCUCCAGAAGCUGGGGCUGAGACAGAAGAGCGAGAACAGCAGACUCAAGGGGAAGGAGGAAAUGAAAAUGGUGCAAUCACGGCAGCCUCUUCAGCAGAUUCAACACAUGCCGCGAAGCUGAAAACACUGAUACGAGCACUGUCGACGACUGCGAGUCCUAGAAGAUUGCUGAGAGCCACGAGGUUGCGCGAAGCGAUAGCUCAAAUUCCACAAUCUGGUGAUGCGUCAGCCUCAAGCAUCAACGACGAGCAUGAACUCGAAUGGUUAGCUAUUGGCAAAGCAGCCAUCCAAGUCUAUGGCCUCAUACUUAAUGUCCUCCUCGAUCAAACGAUACCUCUAAACGACUCAAUAUGGUACUGGGACGAUGUGCUUGGCUCGUAUGCGUAUACUGGUCUCUAUAUCCUACAAGUUUCACCUCAAAAAUUCUGGCAUAGCGCGAAAGAGGUAUAUGCUGAUGCGAAACGACGAUACCGACAAAACAACCUGAUCAGAGAGUCUGCUCAAGAAGCAGGACAGACAUUAUCGGAAGGAUGGAGAGAGUUCUACGGUUUAGUACAGCAAAGUAUCGAGGACAGAUCUUUGGCACAUGCACGAACACGCAUUCUAUCUCCCUUUGCUCUUUGUCGAACCGAAGCACGGCAUAAACAAGAGAAUGUCAAGAAGCUGAGAGAGCAGAGCGCUACUGCCAUCGGUCUGCUUGUAGAAGAAGGUCUCACUAUACAAGAAGACGAUCCUGAUUCACAUAAGAGCUGGAAGAACAAUGUCUCCAAGAGCAUAUGGCUGCUCGAGGGAAUUACCACACAUGCACAAUCCGUCAAAAGCACAUGGAACGAGUUUGAAUACGAUGUUAUUGACAUGGUUGAUCGAGGCCCGACGGAUCAGGAACCGUCGCAGCUUGUCAACAGACUACUACACAUUUUGGAUGUGCAUAUCCCCGAGCAGGAGCGUCAAUCGGAGAGAAUGACCAAGGAGUUCGGAAAGCCGUCGCGAUGGAUACGGUACUGGGCACCCGGACUGCUUCUUUUCCUCUCGAGCGGUACCUUGCUCCGGAUCUUCGUCAACCGACGUGCAGAAAUCGUGACAUGGGUACGAGAACUUGGCGCCACUACAAUAGACUUCUGGUACAACUGGGUGAUUGAGCCUACCAAGCGACUCAUUGGCACAAUUCGACAUGAUGAAAACAGCGAGUUGGCGGUUAUGAGCAAGGACAGCCUGAGAUCAGACCGAGAAAGUCUUGAGAGGAUGGUGAUUGACUUUGCGGUACAAAACCCGGAGAAUGGAACACCUUACACCGAGUCGCAGGUCGCCGAGCUCAGAAGCAGAGUUCGACAAGGUGAUCUGACUGCAGUCCUGAAAGCUUACGAGAAAGACAUUCAAAGUCCAGCUAGAAGCGCAAUAUUUGGCAACCUUGUGCGAGCGCUGUUGAUCCAGGUACAAAAGACAAAGGUGGACGUGGAAAUCGCCAUGAAUGGAAUCGAUUCGAUUCUGAAGAGCCAGGAAUUACUGUUCGGCUUCGUUGGUCUUGCACCUGGCAUGGUUGUGGCUAUUCUAGCAUUCCGCUGGCUCAGCUCUACAUUCGGAAGGAGACGAGGUAUACAGCAGAUGCAGCAGCAGGGUGGUUCAGUGCGACUUUUGAGGAAUAUUGACCGAACGCUCAGCAAAGCCACUAUAACACAAGACGGAAUGCUAUCAUACAAAGAUAACGGGUUACUGUUGUGCGAUGUCCACGUUCUGAGGCAGACAGCAAUCAAAUUGAUACCAGGAAAGAUGCACAGAGAUUUCAUCGAAGACUUGAAUGACCUGCUUCAAACCCGACAAGGUGUCGAACGUCAAUUGAAAGUGCUUCAAAGGAUCCAGUGGGCAUACAGCAAGUGGCUACGUUAG